AUGUUAAAGGGGAAGGGUUUAUGUUAUCGCUUAGUGAAAUCCAGAAAAGCUACGACUUGCGCUCUUCCGUCGGAACCAUCACUCUCCACUUCCGCCGCCGUCUCCGCCGCUUCGGGUGACCAACGGUCUCGAUGUUUGUCUUUGAUUGUUAAGCUUGGUCGGAGAGGUCUCGUGGACUCUGCUCGGGAAGUUACUCGCCGUGUUAUCGAUGCUUGUUCUUCGAUUUCAGAGGCGGCUUUAGUUGCUGAUUUUGCAGUCAACAAUAGCAUAGAACUCGAUUCGUGUUGCUGCGGCGCAUUGAUAAGGAAGCUUACGGAGAUGGGUCAGCCUGGAUUAGCUGAAACUUUGUAUAAUCAACGUGUAAUCGGAGAUGGUAUUGUUCCUGAUUCUUCGGUUUUAGAUUCAGUGGUUCUUUGUUUGGUUAAAUUGAGGAAAUAUGAUGAAGCUAGAUCCCAUUUAGAUAGAUGUUUAGCUUCUGGUUAUGUUCCUAGUAGGAACUCUUGUAGCUUAGUAGUUGAUGAGCUUUGUAACCAAGAUCGAUUUCUCGAUGCGUUUCUUUACUUUGAACAAGUGAAAGUGAGAGGCAGUGGUUUAUGGCUUUGGUGUUGUAAGAGAUUGUUUAAGGGAUUGUGCAGUCAAGGUCACUUGGAUGAAGCAGUUGGGAUGUUAGAUGUUCUGUGUGAGAUGACGAGAAUGCCUCUGCCGAUUAAUCUAUAUAAGUCUCUCUUUUACGGUUUUUGUAGUAGAGGAUGUGCUUCUGAAGCAGAGGCUCUGUUUGAUCAUAUGGAAACUGAUGGUUACUUUGUGGAUAAGGUCAUGUACACUUGUUUGAUGAAAGAAUAUUGUAAGGACAACAAUAUGACAAUGGCAAUGAGGCUUUACUUGCGGAUGGUCGAGAAAAGUUGUGAGCUUGAUACUUAUAUUUUCAACACUUUGAUUCAUGGGUUCAUGAAGCUGGGUAUGCUCGAUAAAGGGCGGGUAAUGUUUAGUCAAAUGAUCAAAAAGGGCGUGCACUCGAAUGUUUUCACAUACCAUACUAUGAUCGGUAGCUACUGCAAGGAAGGGAAUGUAGAUUAUGCUUUGAGGCUUUUCGAGAACAAUACAGGGGUUGAAGAUAUAUCCCGUAAUGUGCAUUGUUACACAAAUCUUAUAUCUGCCCUUUACAAGAAGGGCGGAUUGGAUAAAGCUGUUGACUUGUUGAUGAAGAUGUUAGACAAUGGGGUUGUCCCGGACCAUAUUACUUACUUUGUACUCUUGAAGAUGCUCCCGAGAUGCCACGAGCUUAAGUACGCUAUGGUUAUCUUACAAGCAAUCGUCGAUAAUGGAUGUGGGAUUGAUCCACCGGUUAUUGAUGACCUUGGAAAUAUUGAGGUAAAGGUUGAGUCUUUGCUUGAGGAAGUUGCUAAAAAAGAUGCAAAACUAGCUGCUGAGGGACUUGCUGUUGUCACAACUGCUUUGUGCUCACAAGGAAAAUCUUCUGCUGCUUUAUCUAGUAUCGAAAAAAUGGCCAAUCUAGGAUGCUCACCCUUGCCCUUUUCAUACAAUUCAGUGAUCAAAUGUCUAUUUCAGGAAGGUGUCAUCAAAGAUUUGGGGUUUUUAGUCAAUCUUAUUCAAGAAUGGGGAUUUGUUCCGGAUCCUGAUACGUAUUUGAUAGUGGUGAAUGAGUUAUGCAAGAAUAAUGACAUAGACGCUGCGUAUGCUGUUGUAGAUGUAAUGGAGGAGCUUGGAUUGAGACCUACUGUCGCUAUUUAUAGCGCAAUCAUUAGUUCCCUUGGCAAACAGAGAAGAGUUGUUGAAGCUGAAGAGACGUUUGCCAAGAUGCUUGAGUCUGGAAUUCAACCCGAUGAGAUUGCUUACAUGAUUUUGAUCAAUACUUAUGCAAGAAAUGCAAGAAUUAACGAAGCGAAUGAGUUAGUUGAGGAGGUCGUCAAAAAUUUCGUUCGGCCUAGCUCUUUUACUUACACAGUAUUGAUCAGCGGGUUUGUGAAGACAGGUAUGAUUGAGAAAGGAUGUCAGUAUCUCGAUAAGAUGCUCGAAGACGGGUUAUCUCCAAACGUAGUGCUGUAUACUUUUCUCAUCGGUCAUUUCCUUAAGAAGGGAGAUUUCAAGUUUUCUUUCACACUGUUUGGUUUAAUGGGAGAAAACGAGAUUAAGCACGAUCACAUUGCGUACAUCACAUUGCUUAGCGGUUUAUGGAGAGCUAUGGCGCGAAAAAGGAAGAGAAAAGUUUCUGUUGAGCCGGGGAAAGAAAAGAUUCUUCGACGCCUUCUUCAGACAAAGCCUUUAGCAUCAAUCCCCUCUUCAACAUGCAACUAUGGUUCAAAAAGCUUUGCAAUGGAAGUGAUUGGCAAAGUGAAAAAAACUAUAGUCCCCAAUUUGUACCUCCACAACGCGAUUAUAACCGGAUAUUGCGCUGCAGGAAGGCUCGACGAAGCAUAUAACCACCUCGAAUCAAUGCAAAAGGAAGGCAUUGUUCCAAAUCAGGUAACUUACACUAUUCUGAUGAAAUAUCAUAUCGAAGCAGGCGACAUAGAAUCAGCUAUAGAUUUGUUUGAGGAAACUACUUUCGAGCCGGAUAAAGUUAUGUACAAUACUCUGCUUAAGGGUCUCUGUGAAUGUGAAAGACCUGUUGGUGCUUUGAAUCUGAUGUUAGAAAUGCAGAGGAAAGGGAUUUAUCCGAAUAGAGACUCUUAUGAAAAGCUGCUUCAGUGUCUUUGUUACUCGAGAUUAACCAUGGAAGCGGUUAAGUUGGUUAAAGACAUGGCUGCUCUUAAUCUCUGGCCUCGUUCGAUUAGUCACACUUGGUUGAUUUAUAUUCUGUGUGAAGAGAAGAAGUUGAGAGAAGCUCGUGCUUUGUUUGCUAUAAUGGUUCAGUCUGGAAGAUCUUUAUUGAAUUGUACUAAACCGGGUUUGUUGAAAAUGCUUAACCAGAAUCAACAACUUUAA